GCUUUCGACGCCAGAGCCGCAAAGCCUGAUCGAAUCGAUUCAAACCCAGUACUUGCCCUCCUGCGCAAGCCCGUAGACGUCAACACAUUCAUUUCUUCGCCCGAUACCCUGCAUCGCCUUGUGUGAGAAGCUCGACGCGUAGCUACGCAGCCCUCCAGCAUACCGCUCGCUUGAUGAAUCUCAUACAGGAAGCCAAAACUACCACUCCCCCGACUCCGAUCGACACUCAGCAGUUCCAGCAGUUCCAGUCGACAGACGUCGCUGGCUUUCAGUCCACUAUGAACGACUCCGUCAUUUCCCCCACUCACCACAUGUCCAUGUUCCCCCCUGAACUCGCUUCUGCAGACCCCAUGGCAAUGUCCACGCAGAUGUCAACGGUCGACCCAAUGGACCUUGCGAACCCGCCGCUGUCCGACCACCUCGCCUCGUCCAGCAUGCUGACUGGUUUCUCACAGCAAAGCGGCCCUGGGUUCGUCCCAGACCCGCCCAUGAGUGGUAUCGAGAACCACGAAAGUGGGCACCAUAUGCUGUCCUCACCGAGCACAACCACAACCACGACGUCGACCAAUCCGUCACACGUAUCUUCUCCCGCCCUCAACGGCAUGGUUCCUACAUAUGCCAUGGGUUCUUCCUCGCUUGCUUCUGCUCUUGACGAGCCGCGCAGCCGGUCUGGGUCUGCCGCUUCGCCAAGCCAUGCAACAAGCAGCGACCUCGGCUUCCCGUCGGCCAGUAGCGGUCCUCCGACUUCGGCGCACGACCCAAACUUUCCGUUCUCGCAAGGGUUCUCAAUGUCGCAAAGCAAAGAGAGCUCACCUGACUCUGCAGAUCCUCAUCUCAUGGUAUUAGGCGACAUGCUGAAGAAGUGAGUACUUCCUCA